UUCUUGUGCGGCUCUUCUAUAUCUUCUAAAUCUCUCCAUCUCCUCUUGCCUAUUUCUAGUGUUUUCUAGGCUGUGGCUUAAUUAGUCCACAACCACAACCACCGCUCAAACGAGAGUUUCAAGCCGUUUUUUCAGGUUGGAAGGAGCCCAAGACCUUUCUUUCUUCUCAUUCAAAAAGAAGCUUCAACGCCUGUAAGGCACCAGGAGAGAGGACGAGAGUCAGAAAACUUUCGUCCAGUGGGGAGUGUGGAGAGUAAAUGCGCUCGUCCAUCACCUCCGCCACCCUCCCUCUCUCUUUCACAUUGUGAAGUUAGAUAGAGGCUCGAAACUGGUUGCUUUGGGAAAUUAAAGCAAUUCUGGCAGAGAAGGUUUUUGAACAAACAAAUUUUCCCAAAGCUUCCAGAGAGGAGCUGCAGCAUAUAAAACUCUGGCCGACGAUUCAGACAAGUUUUCUCGAGCCGGAGCAGGUGUUGGCCCUCAGUUUUCUGGUCAUCAACCCUGUUUCGGGUGGCCUCAGUCACUGAUUUGGUGCCUUCCUGUUGAUUAUGGUUAAACACUUGGUCCAACUAACAUCAGUGUAAAGCCUCAACAACCAGACUUUUGGAAUUUGAAUGUGAGCUCAGUUUUGAAGAAAACAGCAGGCAAAACCAGAUUGAAAUACAAGCGUUUUUGGGUUUCGGUGCAUUUUUUAGGAUUCAGAGUUUAUUGUAUCAAAAAUGACAAAAUUCAGUUGCUUCUCUGUGAUAGUUAGGCGGAAGAAGAAGGUUCAGAGAGAUUAUGAAUCUGCAAGACCUGUUGAAGUGGACAAGGCAAUUAGAACCCUGCAAGUCAGGCUUCAACAACAGCCAGUGAAACAUUUGGAGAUUGAUGGGACCUUGAAGCCAGCAACUUUAGGAGUCUUGAUACCUUAUGGUGUUGAGAAGAAGUACACUACCCCUAGUGGCAAGGCAAGGAGCCCUUACAGUCCUAUUGGGUUUGUUGAAGCAGCAUUCUAUGAAGGGGAAGAUGAGCAUGAAGGGAACCCCUUAGAGAGGGAAAACUGUUGUAAUGAUUGCUCUCAUCUGCAAACCCCUGAAGCCAAUUCAGGUGAAGUGACUCCAUCAGGGAAGAUGGAUUUAUCUGAAUCUGAUUCAGGUGAUAGGGGUGUUGAUAGGAUUCAAAGUGGGCAUCUUAGUGAUCCGGGCAUAGGGAAGGCAGAGUUUUGGGCAUCACCAAAGCUUACCAGGUCAUGCUCUAAUUUGGAAACUCAUCAUACGGAUGUGGUUAAGAAGAUGUCAUCUAAGUUGCCUGCUUCGAAGAGUCAGUAUUUUGAAGAAUUACAUGAAUUGGCAGACAGUGUGACGAAGUAUGUUGAUCCUGGCAGCCCCGGUUCUGUGUUAACCCACUUCACUGCUGAUAAAGUGAUGCUGAAGAAGCAUUCUUCAAGCCAAGUUCUUCCUUCUAGAAGUAGAAAGUUGUGGUGGAAGUUGUUCCUUUGGAGCCACAGGAACCUGCACAAAACAAGGACUGCAAAACAAAAAACGCCUAGCCCCAUUUCUUUGAACAAGCAAGGAGGGUACUCUUCGGAUACACUCGAACCAAACCGGGCUAUGCAGUUUGUCAAGAUGGAAUCACCUCUGUCUUGUACUGGAGAAUCAUUGAACAAGGGGAAGAAUAUUGCAGAUGACAACAAGAGCUGGGAUGGUUUUAACGUUGGAGGCUCUGCUUUAUGGCCUCAGAACCAAUGGGUUGCUUUCUCAGCAGAUACAUCCUCAUCUACAAGAGUGCAAGAGUGGGUGAAAGAUCUCAAAAUGCAACCCUCGGAAAAUAAUGAAUAUGACUACGAGGGACUCAUCACCCCACCGACCCCGCCCACUCCUGAGACUCCUCAAUCUCCGGUGAGUCCUGAGACUACUAGAUCAAAAAGCGCAACUUACUUUAGUCGAGGUCUUGACGAGGAUACUUUACAUGCUAAUACUGUGAUCCAGACUCUAAAUUCUUCUACAACUGUGGCUCACAUAUCUGGUAUGGGAUUGAAAGCUAUCCCCAACAUUUCAUGCUUAGGCAGUCUUCGAUCUAUCAACUUGUCAAACAACUUCCUAGCCCACAUCACUCCAGGAUCGCUGCCGAAGAGCCUUCACACGCUCAACUUGUCGAAGAACAAAAUCAGCACCAUUGAAGGACUAAGAGACUUAACUCGAUUGCGUGUACUUGAUGUCAGUUACAACCGCAUUUCUAGAGUUGGACGUGGGUUAUCAAGCUGCACUCUAAUCAAGGAGCUCUAUCUCACUGGGAACAAGAUCAGUGAUGUCGAGGGUCUACAUAGGCUACUGAAGUUAACAGUUCUGGACCUGAGCUUCAACAAGAUAACAACAACAAAGGCAAUGGGACAGAUGGUGGCUAACUACAACUCACUGCAGGCUCUGAAUCUGUUAGGGAAUCCAAUCCAGAACAACAUCAGUGAUGAGCAGCUGCGCAAGGCAGUUUGCAGUUUCCUCCCGAAGCUAAUGUACCUGAACAAGCAGUCCAUCAAACCACAAAGAGCAAGAGAGGUACUCACAAACAGUGUAGCCAAAGCUGCAUUAGGGAACAAAGGAUGGAGCCCUCGUAGAAAAGAUGGCAAGAGGCUUAACCAAAAACGUGCCUCGUUAAAAAAGCCUAAUAACAUAUCACCAAGAAAAACUUCAUCACUUCCCAUCCAUGGGCACAAGAGCGGUGCAAGUGAUGUACAGAAAAACAUACGCAAGUCCAAGAGCAUAUCCAUAGCUGCACUCCCCUCUUCAUCCCAUUAGAUGCUUUUUCCAUGUUAGCGGGCCUUCCCAAAAUUUUGACACAAAAUUUGUAGGGGGUGUCUCUCCCUUCUCUGUUGUUUUCAGAGUCUCUUCAAAGUCUGUAGGGCUACAAAGACCUGGUAGUUUUCAUGUCAGUUUUCCAUCGGUUAUUAUAUAUAUGCAGGCUGCAUUUUUGCUAUAUUUGCUAA